CCAGCCUGUACUAUCCCCCCUGCCCACCACAGGAACUCCAAGCCCGGGUUAUGCUGGGGGCUCAGAUCACUGCAGACAAUUGAACAAUCAAGACAGCACCAUGGGGGAUCCAGAGGAGUAUGAAGAUAAAUUGGAGGAGAUUCUAGACAAAGAGGAAUAUGAAGACCAUGGAUCCAUCACGAUCACAGUGGAAGAGGCAGAAGGUGACACAAUUCAGGAGGAGGAGGCAGAAGCUCGGGUCACCCAGCCGACAGACACAGACUACCACACCACAUCGAAAUACCCAGAAACCCACAAGGUGUACGUGAAACUGCGGGAACUGGUGAUGGAUGAAAAGAACCAAGAGAUACAAUGGAUGGAAACAGCACGCUGGGUGGGGCUGGAGGAGAACCUGGGCAAAGAUGGGAUCUGGGGCCGCCCCCACCUGCCUUACCUCAACUUCUGGAGCCUCUUGGAGCUGCAGAAAGCCUUCACCAAGGGUACUGUCCUUCUGGAUCUGCCGGGGAAAGCCCUGGCCGAGGUGGCUGACCAGCUGCUGGACAGGUUUAUCUUCGAGGGGCAGAUCCAGCCAGACGACCGAGACAAUCUGCUCCGGGUCCUGCUGCUGAAACACAGCCACGCCAGCAACAUGGAGGCCCUGGGGGGUGUGAAGCCUGUGGUCGUGACACAGUCUGGGGACGCUUUGGAGCCUCUGCUCCCACAGCAUCCGUCACUGGAGACAGAGCUCUUCUGUGAACAGGGAGAGGGUAGCACGGGAGGGCACGCAUCUGAAAUUCUGGGAAAGAGUCCCCAGGACUGGGAGGCCACCCUGAUGCUAGUGGGCCGUGCCAACUUCCUGAAGCGGCCGGUGCUGGGCUUCGUGAGGCUAAAGGAGCCGAUGGAGCCGGAGCCAAAGCCAGAGGGGUCAGAGGAGCCGGCAGUGCCUGUGCGCUUCCUCAUUGUGUUGCUGGGACCCGAGAGCCCCAACCUCGACUACACCCAGCUGGGCCGAGCUGCUGCCACCCUCAUGUCGGAGAGGGUGUUCUGGAAUGAGGCAUACCUGGCCCAGAGCAAGGAGACGCUGGUCCAGUCCCUGGAGGGCUUCCUUGACUGCAGUCUGGUGCUGCCUCCCUUGGAUGCCCCCUCUGAGAAGGCCCUGCUCAGUCUGGUGCCUGUGCAGAAAGAGCUGCUGAGAAGGCGCUACCUGCCCAGCCCUGCCAAGCCCGACCCCAGUCUCUUCAAGGACCUAGAUGUGAAGAAAGGUCCAGGGGACACCCCAGAAGACCCUCUGCAGCGGACAGGCAGGCUCUUCGGGGGACUGGUGCGUGACAUCCGGCGCCGCUACCCCCACUACCUGAGUGACAUCACAGAUGCCUUGAGCCCCCAGGUCCUGUCUGCCAUCAUCUUCAUCUACUUCGCCGCCCUGACCCCCGCCAUCACCUUCGGCGGCCUCCUGGGAGACAAGACCCAGAACAUGAUGGGAGUGUCGGAACUGCUCCUCUCCACUGCAGUGCAGGGUAUCAUCUUCUCCCUGCUGGGGGCUCAGCCCCUGCUCGUGUUGGGCUUCUCGGGACCCCUGCUUGUGUUUGAGGAAGCCUUCUUCUCGUUCUGCCAGACUAACAACCUGGAGUACAUUGUGGGCCGUGUGUGGAUUGGCUUCUGGCUCAUCCUGCUGGUGAUGCUGGUGGUGGCCUUCGAGGGCAGCUUUCUGGUCCGCUUCAUCUCCCGCUACACCCAGGAGAUUUUCUCCUUCCUCAUCUCCCUCAUCUUCAUCUAUGAGACCUUCUACAAGCUGGUCACGAUCUUCCAGGAACAUCCACUGCAGAAGAACUAUCAACACGAUGUGCCGACAACACCGAAACCUCAGGCCGCCCUGCCCAACACAGCCCUCCUCUCUCUUGUGCUCAUGGCUGGCACCUUCUUCCUCGCCAUGAUGCUGCGCAAGUUCAAGAACAGCUCCUACUUCCCUGGCAAGCUGCGACGGAUCAUUGGGGACUUCGGGGUUCCUAUCUCUAUCCUGAUCAUGGUCAUGGUGGAUGCCCUCAUCCAAGACACCUACACCCAGAAACUCAGUGUACCUGAAGGCCUCACUGUAUCUAACCCCACAGAGCGAGACUGGCUUAUCCACCCACUAGGCAUACGUGUCGAAUUUCCCAUCUGGAUGAUGUUUGCCUCUGCCCUGCCUGCCCUGCUGGUCUUUAUCCUCAUCUUCCUUGAGUCCCAGAUCACCACGCUGAUCAUCAGCAAACCGGAGCGCAAGAUGGUCAAGGGCUCUGGCUUCCACCUGGACCUGCUGCUGAUCGUGGGCAUGGGUGGGGUGGCCACCAUCUUUGGGAUGCCCUGGCUCAGCGCCACCACUGUGCGCUCUAUCACCCACGCCAAUGCCCUCACUGUCACGAGCAAGGACAGCACUCCAGGGGCUACAUCCCAGAUUCAGGGAGUCAAGGAACAGCGGAUCAGUGGACUUCUGGUUGCUGUGCUCGUGGGUGUGUCCAUCCUCAUGGGACCCAUCCUCCGCCACAUCCCCCUGGCAGUGCUCUUCGGCAUCUUCCUCUACAUGGGGGUCACAUCCCUCAGUGGCAUCCAAUUGUUUGACCGCAUCUUGCUUUUGUUGAAGCCGCGCAAGCACUACCCAGACGUGCCCUACGCCAUGAGGGUGAAAACCUGGCGCAUGCACAUGUUCACGAUCAUCCAGAUUGUCUGCCUUGUGAUACUGUGGGUAGUAAGGAGCAUCAAACAAAUCUCGCUGGCCCUCCCCUUCAUCCUCAUCCUCACGGUGCCCCUACGCCGCUUCCUGCUACCACUCAUCUUCCGGGACAUGGAGCUCAAGUUUCUGGAUGCUGACGAUGUCAAACCGAUCUUAGAUGAGCAGAAUGGUCAGGAUGAAUAUGAUGAGGUGGUCAUGCCUGUAUGAGGGGAGAGC